GGAAACAAUCCAACUCAACCAGCACUACGAGAUCCUUCAACCUCCGCGAAUUCGAUGGCAGGGAGCUUCCGCGAGCACAACGAGCCCAUCCGUCCGCUGGCUCUGGCGUUGGUUGCCGUUGUGUUUCUCUCCGACAUCCUCUACGCUGGCCUUAUCUUUGGCUGGGCGCCGCUGUUGCUCCUGCUGCAAGAAGAAGACCAGUACGGCGAACUGUGCAAUCACAUCUCAACGAAUGUCACAGUGUCUGCAACCCGGUGCAGCUUGCAAGACAGCCGACUGAACAUGGUGUACGCCAUUGCGUCCGUGGCGGCCAACCUUAGCUCCCUUCCGGUCGGUUGCAUGUUGGACUACUUCGGGCCCAAGUACUCGAUCUUGGUGGCGGCAGUGUUUGAGGUCUCCGGUCUGUUCCUCCUUGGUGCCGCAGACUCCAAAUCAUUUGACGUGUUUAUUCUCGCAUACACGCUGUGUGCCACGGGUGGCUGCAUCACGAUGAUGGCGUCGUAUCCCGCGAGCUUCCUUAUCCUGUCCCACCAAACGGUCAUUCUAGCGGCCAUAUCGUGUCUGUUCGACUCGAGCAGUGUCGUGCUGCUAGGCAUGUACAGCCUCCACUCGUCGUUCGGGUUCACGAGGCAACAGAUCUUCUUCGUCUAUGGAUGCAUGUCCAUUGCCAUGUACGGGCUCCUCGUAGUGUUGUGGCACGCCAACGAACAGUAUUUGCCCGACCAGUCGGAAGACGAGGCACAGAACGCUCCACCACCGACGAAGGACAUUACGUUCACGUCCCCGCUCCUGCAGCCCAUCGCGCGGCGCCACAGCAUGCGGGACUCGAUUGAAAAGUACGGCACCCUCUCGGAAGACGAGCUGAUCGAGGCCAAACCCCUUCCCGACGUCAUUCAACUGCACAAAACUGGUCACGUCGGUCAAGAACUGGUCACGGACUUUCCACUCACGCAGCAACUGCGCACGUUUGAGUUUGGAUUUCUCUUGGCGUACUCGAGUUUGCACGUGCUGCGUGCCAACUUGUACAUUGGCACUAACAACAAGCUCCUCGAGGAGUACGGCGACGCGGCCACGGGGUACUUCUACACCAAGAUCUUCAGUUUCAUCCUGCCGCUGGGGUUCAUAUUUGUGCCCUUUAUCGACUACUUUGUCGAGAAGAAAGGGCUGGCGGUGUCGCUGCACAUUGCCACGGGCCUGGGCGUGGUGUACAACAGCCUCGCCAUGGUGCCGCUCUUGCCGCUUCAGUCCGUCGUCUUCUUUCUCUUCACGGGCUUCCGGGCGUUCCUCUACGCUGCCAUCUCGGCCUUCGCCGCCAAAAUCUUUGGUCUGGCCAACCUCGGCACCGUCGUAGGCCUGACGUUCACGUUUGGCUCCAUCGUGAGUUUGCUGCAAAUUCCCGCCGUGUGGUUCGCAAACGACGUGGGCAACCACAUGCUGGUGUAUGGGAUGUCCACGGCGCUGUGCUUUGGCCUGAUCCCACUCACGGAAUGCUAUCGACACCGCGCGGCGCUUCGCAUGAAGCGACAGGCACGGGUCAUGGAGGCGCUGGGGGAAGACGAAACCACGAUGUUGUCGCCGAUCAAGGGCCUGCAGUACCGCCGGUCGCCAUGCGCGCCAUCGCCAGUUUCGCGGCGGCGAGCGUUGUCCAAGCACGACAGUCUGCCAUGAGAUUUCAUGCCUUGAAACGAGAGUGAGCGAGAGACGUGUGUGUAGAAUAUGAGAUAUAUAUAUAAGAUACAACAUGAUAUAUUAUCGAUGAUGGUGUUGUUUGGUGGAAUAACUUAGAGAUCGCUCGUGCGUCGAGAAGGAUGGUCGAGGUGCCGACUCGACGCGUGGUUGUCGAAGCUGGGGCGGCCAAAGAUCGCCUGCCCCGUGUGUGGCGUCGGGUCGGUGGCACUCCGUGUCAAGGGAGGAAUGAUCACCAGCGCUCCAUUGUGCGUGUUGAGCAUGGGCAGCGUCGCCGAGUGCUCCAUGACGUUGCGCCUGUUGACGAUGAGUUCGCUACCAAGCGUGGCUUGGACAUUCUCAAACUUGCGCAUGAUGCGCGACUUUGCGGGCUUGGUCGAGUUGUGGGCAUGGAUCACGUCGUCGUCGUCGUCCAGGGCACUCAUGGAUACCUGCGAGCAGUAUCUCAGUUUGAGGGUUUCCCGUAUGUGCUCUUGGUUGCAUGACAGGGAGGCCAAAGCUGCUGUCGCCGCCGUCGCAGACGUCGACCCCAUGGAAAGAUCGGUUCUCGUACCAAAGUUAAACAACGAACAAAAAACG